AUGGCUGAACCCACCACCCUCAACGCCGACUCCAAACGCGAGGUUGAACCUUCCACCGAAAAUGUGAAAAGCGUAAAUGGCUCGGUCCAGCCCAACGUCGCCGAAGUAGCGGUCAAAGAUUCAGGAACUACUACCGUCCCCACAUCCGAGAUCGCCCCCACUGGCAAUGGCAAGACUAGUGCCGAUUGCAAGCGGCACCCACACUCAGACAAGAAGGCAGACGGGGCCAGAAAGAAGAAGAAACGAACAAAGAAGAAGGUUGACAGUGAUGACACUUCAUCUGGCUCGGAUUUCUCUACAGACUCCUCAAGUGAUUCUGACUCGGAAAAUACCGACUGGGAGGAAAUCGCUAGUGAGUCAGGUACAGAACGACGGAAGCGACAUCGGCUCCGGGGGAAGGCUCGCGCUAAGCGGGCGCUGAAGGAUAAGAAGAAGAAGAAGAAGAAGAAGAAGGGGAAGCGACGAGUAGGAAAGAAGGGAACUGCUAAUGUUAGCGAUUCGGAUGAAUCUUCUGAUUCGGAUGAGGAUUCUGAUUCGGAUGAGGAUUCUGAGUCCACUUAUGAUUCGGACUCAUCGCUUGAUGAGAAGUUAUUGCGAAAAUUGGUGGCUAAGCUUACGCUGAAGAAACGUCAUAAGCGAUCGCGUGAUCAUGCGAGUGAUGAUCUGGGAUCGAGUGAUCCUCUCUCUGAUGCUCUGCGACAAAAGCGAACGAAGAAGAAGAAGCCAGCUUCGAAGGUGGCAUUCAAGCGGGUUGAUCAAUUAUGGGACAGUACUAUCCACAAGUACAAGUUGACCGAAACAGUGGAAGAUCAUGACGCCGACGAGUGGGACCAGUACAUCUUCACAGUCCGUCGCAGGUUCAACUGGGAAAAUAAAUAUCUGGAGACAGUAGUCGACAUCAAAAGCAAACCCCUUCGUGAAUCACUUGCGAAAGUCAUGGACGGCGUGAAGGGAGUCAGCCUUGUUCAAGAGACCGCGGUAGUCGACCCAAACAUGUUGUUCCUGUAUCUAGAAGAGACAAGACAGUACAUGAAGGACAUGAAGCGUCAAUCACGUAACGAUAAGAAACGGAAGACUCGCAAGGCAGCCGCUGCCAAAGCAGCUCACUUGAAGGUGCUGAUCAAGUAUCUGGAUGCAGACUAUGCGGAUACCAAGAAGACACUUUACCCACUUCUUGAGGCUAAUACGAUUACUUUCGAUUUGCUUUGGGCGUUAUACAAACCCAAUACGAUUGCUUACACGCCUACUUAUGGAAAUACCGAUGAGCCUCGUGCUUUCAAGAUUGAGUACGCUGUCAAGGAAUCUUCAUUCAUGAAGGGUCAAUGGUACGAUGUUGAAGGUCGGUACUUGGAGUACGACGGGAAAGACUUCGGGUUCGGUAACAUGUCCGCGGAAGUUGAAUCUUUCAAAGGUGCACGCAAGAUCACUAGUCUGACCUGUUACCCAUUGCAAUAUCACAGUGAUCCAGAGGGACUACGGACCCGUCUUGUGGAACGUGGUAAGCGGUUUAUCGCCCUGCGUGGAAUGAACUAUCGCUUCCACAAGGGUAUGGCGUUCUAUAAGAAAAAGCGUCAAGUAGGCAAAGUGAAUAUCGAAAGCCGAGUAAUGAUUGACCCAGCUAUUCAUCGCCGCAUCAAUCCCAAUUACCCCAUCAGUACUGUCCGGCCCAAAGAUCCCGAUCUUUUUGAUCUGUCUGAUGGAGGGACCAGCGACGGGGGAGACGGAGAUAGUGAUUGCGGCUGCUGCUGUGGUGCAUCAGACUCCGACUCUGAUAAUGGUGGUCAGUCCGAUACUCCACGGACCCUGUACAAGGUUAUCGAGGGUGAUGAUGGCACUCCGCGCGUGGUGAAGGUUGAAGUGGACGAGAAUGGAUUCGAGAUCCAAAAGGAGAACAUGGAUCCCAUUGAAGGUGCAGGAGCUACUCUUGGCCGUGAAUUCACAGAAGAAGAACUCCUCGUCGCAAGUCCUGUCGUGCUGGGUUUUGCCUUUGCAGAGAAGAUGUGGCUUGAAUUUACUAUCUCGGGUAUCAGCGACAUCGAAUGGGAUAAGGAUGCUUUCGACUCCCUCGUGCUUCCCGCAAAUCAAAAGUCCAUCGUCAAGGCCCUCGUCGAAUCUCACACUUUCCAUGCAGCUGAGAAUAUCGACGACGUGAUCCAAGGCAAGGGCAAGGGUCUUGUUGCUGUUCUCCACGGUCCACCAGGAACAGGAAAGACGCUCACAGCGGAGGGUAUCGCUGAGCUCCUCCACCGGCCACUUUAUAUGGUCAGUGCUGGAGAGCUAGGUACCGACUCUCGUUCUCUGGAGGGAGAAUUGAACAAGAUCCUCGAUAUCGCGCACUCCUGGGGCGCUGUGCUCCUCCUCGACGAAGCAGAUAUCUUCCUUGAGAAGCGAACUAUUCACGACAUCCACCGCAACGCCCUGGUUAGUAUCUUCCUCCGUCUCCUCGAGUACUUCCAGGGUAUUCUCUUCCUUACCACCAACCGUGUUGAAACUUUUGACGAUGCCUUCCAAUCUCGUAUCCACGUUGCGCUCCGCUACGGUGACCUAGCCUCCAACGCAAAGCGAAGCAUCUGGAAGAUGUUCCUUGAACGUGUGAAGGCAAUCGAAGGCGUACAAACGGCCAAAUUUACCGAAGAUGAUUAUGACACACUGGCACGACACACUUUGAACGGACGACAGAUCAAAAAUUCAGUUCGGACAGCUCAGGCAUUGGCCGUUAAUGAAAAGACUCCCUUGUCUAUGGAUCAUAUUAAGAGAGUUCUUGAUGUUGCGGAGACUUUUGAUCAGGAUCUACGUGGGGGUACUGGUUAUUUGGAUGCUAUGCGAAGUUACACAUAG